AUGCCAUUUUAUACACAUCAAAUUUUUCAAAUCCGUUCUUUGGAGUAUGGUGAACAAGUGAUUAAUUUAACCGAAACUAAUACUAUAUCACAACCCAUAACAAGAGAAAUAAAUCCUGAAUACAAUACCACUUCUGUAUUAUUCUCAACUCAUUCUCCAUGGACUAUAUCAUCAAAAAUGCAUCAAAUCCUCAAAGAGCCUAACACUACUUAUCCACUUACUACCGUAUAUUCAGACGUUGUGUUAAUUACUAAUCCAAAUCUACUACCAAACAGAAUUGCAAUAUGUCCUUCAUGUAAAUCAAAUCUAAACAGAAAUUAUCCUCCUUAUCUUUCUCAUGUUCCAUCAGAAAUAAAAAUUGUAUCAUUAGAAAAAUGCAGAUAUUUGUCAUCUAUUUUUCUAUACUGUUCAUUAGGUUGUACUCCUGGAGCAAAUCUCUUUAUUGAAUAUAGAACAUUAGUCAGUACUAUGAACUAUUCUCAAAACUUUUACUCUCUGAGUAUAUAUUCUGGUAUAUUGGGUGCUUUUCUAGAACAUUCUGAUACAACUUCAAAUCCACCUUGGCUUGAUGACUCCUUAAUAAAUGCAGCCAACUGGCUCAAGGAAAAUAACGCCUAUUUAUAUGGAUACACAAAUUCAUUUUCAACUACUUCGUCUAAUCACCUCUCUUUCCCGAUAGCAACUCAUUUACCUGAUGAUGAUACACCUCCUGUGUGA